CUUUUCAGAAAACCAAAGUAAACGAUGCGUAAUUCGAUUUUAUGCAUCAGUUUAAUAAUCGUCGCUUUAAAUUUUUGCGCCGGUGAAGAGAAACGAGCUCCGACCGGAUUCACCGCUUUGCGGGGCAAAAAAAAUCCAACCGAAUAUGUGCUCGAUGAUGUUGCGGCGAAUUAUAAGAAACUUUUUGAUUCGAAGACAUCGGACGCCGAAAAUUGGGCGCCUUCCUUAUUAUGGUUUGAUCUCCCUUAUUACAAAAGGGUUCCUUCUGGUUUCUUCGGAUUACGCGGAAAAAAAUACUUCGAUUUGCCCCUUGAGGAAACAAAUAAGCGCAUCCCAACCGGUUUCUUCGGAAUGAGAGGAAAGAGAUACUUCGACGAUGAAGAUUUGGAUGAAUCAUACAACAAAAGGAUUCCAUCUGGAUUUUGGGGAAUGAGAGGGAAACGAUUUUAUAAUUUGAUUUUUGAUGAUAUACAAAGAGCUCCUGAUAGUAGAUUUUUUGGGAUUAGAGGAAAACGCCAACCGAACACAAAGAGCUUUUUUGGGAUGAGAGGAAAGAAAUACGAUGUUAGAGGAAAAUUCGUUGGGGUUCGAGGAAAAAAAUCGAUGGAAAAUUUAGUUCCGGAUCUUUUCGACGAUGAUUCUUCAUCAAGAUACGACGAUCUCGAUUUGAAUCAAUUGAUGUAUAUCUUGUCGCAAUACGAAAGAAAUUAAUUCGAUUAUUACAAAAUUUCUUUUUUAAUUUACAAUAACGGGACUUUUUCUAUUUUUGGCUGGGUGGAAAAAGUCGCAAUAAUAAUAAAAUAAACUUGUUAUUAUCUCUGUGUAACUUACAUAUCAUGUGUGAAGGUAAUAAUAAAUAAUUUAAAAAAAAUAAAGAUGUGAUGAAAAAUAUAAAAAAUCAGAUU